UGUCAGGAGGCAAACACAACAGGAAAUGAGAGUUUUCUCUUUGUUGUUGUAAAUAUUUUACAUUUGAUUUCAUUUUAGGAAAUGACAGAGGGGCAACUCGGUGCUCCGGGUGUCACUUGGAUCUAAACACGCGGGUUGAAGCUUUUGUUUUCACGAAACCAACUCAACUCGACAUCAUCUUGAUUAUCCGCAGAGGGUCAGAGGUCGCCAUGGGGUCAGCAGUGGAGAGGACUGAUGAACACGUGAGGGAGUACCUGAUCUACCGUGGCUUUACCAGCACUCUGAAACACUUGGACAGCGAGGUCAAAGCCGACAAGGAGAAAGGCUUCAGGGUGGAUAAGAUCAUUGAUCAGCUGCAGCAGUUCAUCCAGAGCUUCGACCUGUUCGGUCUUAAGGAGUACUGGCUUUACCUGGACAGACGUCUGUUCUGCAGACUGGAGGAUGUUUACAGAUCCACAGUCAACAAACUGAGAACCAGCCUGUACAGAUACUACGUCAUCAACACCAUCCAGAAAGGAAACCUGGAGAAGACUCAGGAGUUUUUCCAGAAGCAGGCGACGGAGCUGCAGGGUCAGGUCGAGUGGCGCGAUUGGUUCAUCCUGCCAUUCAUCCCCACCCCCGAGCAGAACCCCGCCUUUUCUCCGUACUUCUCUCGCCAGUGGGCCGACACCUUCCUGGUUUCUCUGCACAACUUCCUGUCGGUCCUCUUCCAGUGCAUGCCCCAGCCUGUCCUGCUGAGUUUUGAUGCUGAAGUCCAGAAGAUGAUCAGCCUGACAGAGGAGAACGAACAGCUCCGGCAGGUGCUGUUUGCCCUGCAGACAGAGAGCCGGGACCAGAGGGACGCAGACGAAAUGGUCCACCACAAACUGCCGGUGUAUGUCCAGAACAUGGACCGUCUGGGAGACACUGAGCUGGACUUGGUGUCAAGCCAGCGGGCCGUCAGCAACACCAGCACGCCUUCCAGAAACUUCUUCUCUACGUUCCUACCACAGGGCCGACGCACUCCUGGGAAACCACAUCAGGUCACGACUGGGUCUUCACCAAGCCAGGUAGCAGUGAGCAGGAAGGAGCCACCAAGCAGUCAGCCUGCAAAGUCAAAAGAGACGAUCCAAACAAAGGAGGUGAAGCUAGCUGCCAGCCAGGCAAGCAGUGAACCUGCGAGCUCCCAGUCCCAACAGCCAACCAACCAGUCGACACAUCCCAGACACAAGAGAAUCCAGGAGCAUGAGAAAGAGAGGAAGGAGCUUUUCUCCAAACCACCACCACAGACACCAGAGAGGAAGGGGGAUGCUGGGGAGGUAGAGCCUCCUGCAGAGACCUCCAGCGAACCUGCUGACUGCUCCUCCCCCUCCUCCUGGAACAGCAGGAGCUGUGGAGGAGGCACAGAGGGAGGAGGUCUGUCCGCAGAACAGCCUUUCAUCAAACUCAGCCAGGAGGAGUACGGAGAACACCACUCCUCCAUCAUGCACUGCAGGGUUGACUGUUCUGGUCGUCGGGUUGCCAGUUUGGAUGUAGAUGGUGUCAUCAAGGUGUGGUCAUUCAACCCCAUCAUACAGACUAAAGCCACCAUCAUGUCCAAGUCUCCUCUGUUGUCUCUGGAGUGGGCCACCAAACCCGACAGACUGUUGUUACUAGGCAGCGGUGUUGGCACGGUGCGGCUGUACGAUACAGAUGCCAAGAAGAAUCUCUAUGAGAUGAACAUCGAUGAAACUCAUCCACGUAUCUUGUCUUUAGCCUGCAGUCCGAGCGGUUCGUCAUUCGUGUGUUCGGCAGCAGCUCUCAACCGAUCUGGCGUCGAGUCGGCUCCUCGACUUCCUAUUCCAGUGUCCGGACAACUGCUGCUCUGGGACACCAAGACCGUCAAACAACAGCUCCAGUUCUCUUUAGAACCUGAACCUGUAGCCAUUAACUGCACGGCCUUCAACCACAACGGGAACCUGCUGGUGACCGGAGCUGCAGAUGGAGUCAUCAGACUGUUUGACAUGCAGCGCUACGAGAGCGCUAUGAGCUGGAGAGCUCACGACGGAGAAGUUUACAGUGUGGAGUUCAGCUACGAUGAAAACACCGUCUUCAGCAUCGGAGAAGAUGGCAAGUUCAUCCAAUGGAACAUCCAUCGCUGUGGGGUGAAGCAGUCGGAGCAGGUUUUACCUCAGGACGCCACCGGGCCCUUUGUCCUGUCAGGGUACAGCGGGUACAAACAGGUUCAGAUUCCUCGAGGUCGACUCUUUGCCUUUGACUCUGAAGGACAACAUGUCCUGACCUGUUCCAGCUCCGGAGGACUCAUAUACAGAUUGACCAAUGGGGAGCCAGCUCUGGAGAGCGUGCUGUCCCUAGGUGGGCACAAAGCGCCUGUAGUGACAGUUGAUUGGUGCUCUGCAGUGGACUGUGGCACCUGCCUGACCGCCUCGAUGGAUGGGAAGAUCAAACUGAGCACGCUCCUGGCGCAGAAGUCCUGACUGAUGAACUGAUAGAGGACGCCUGAGGGGUCAGAGGUCAUCAGACAUUCAGUUUGCCCAUUUACUCACAGAGAUUACUCUAGAAUCUUGUAGAUAUGACAGCAUUUUCAUGAUGUGAUAUAAACAGUGAAAAUUCACCAACCUGUUACAAAUUCAUAUUACCAUUAAAAUUCCAGUGAAAGUUCC